AUGCCGAGCUACGCCAAAUUCCUCAAGGAGAUUCCUUCAAACAAGAGGAAGCUUGAAGAGGAUGAAACUGUGAUGCUCACAGAAGAAUGCAGUGCCAUAAUCCAAAAGAAGCUACCUCCAAAGCUUAAAGAUAUAUGGAGUUUCACUAUUCCAUGUGUUAUAGGAGAUGUUCAGUUUGAUAGAGUUCUAUGUGAUUUGGGUGCUAGUAUUAACCUAAUGCCUCUUUCUGUUUUCAAGAAAUUGGGGAUUGGUGAAGUCAAUCCAACCAUGGUUUCUCUUCAACUUGCAGAUAGAUCUAUUAAACAUCCAUGGGGCAUUGUUGAAGAUGUGUUGGUAAAAGUGGACAAGUUUAUCCUCCCUACUGAUUUUGUGGUAUUGGACAUGAAAGAAGAUAAAGAGAUACCACUCAUUUUUGGAAGACCAUUCCUUGCACUAGAUGAACAUUGA